UGACAUCCCACGAAACCCUUUUCACUAACAGCCACAUAUAUCCAUCCAACCUUCGAUUUUACAUAUAAUAAUUAAUCUCUAUGUUAUUAUUUGUUUAGUGUAAAUUACAAGCAAAAAUGUAUAUAUAUGCUCCCUUGAAUGAGGGCUCUUGGGACUCAAACCAUUGAGCUUGCAAGCCUCAUUUUCCUCUCUCUCUCUUACUCAGUGUGUACUAAUUAUUUGUUGUAUAUCCUGUCGAGAAAUGGACUUGAAAGAGUCAAGACAGCUUAGAUGGGCAGAUGAAAAUUGUGAAUCUAUGGAGUCAUCUUCCAUUGACGAUUCUGGUGAUCAGACGACAGAGUUGUCGGAUGAUGCUAAUUCAUUUUCUUCUCCUUCGUCUAGUUCUUCUUCCCCUUCAUGCGGUCCUCUCUAUGAACUGGCUGAUCUCAUGGCCCAACUCCCCAUCAAGAGGGGUCUUUCAAAGUAUUAUGAUGGGAAGUCAAGGAGUUUUGCAUGUUUGGCAAGUGUGGGGAGCGUUGAAGAUCUUGCAAAGAAAGAGAUAAGUUGUUAUAGUAAAAGAAUGAAAUCAUGCAAAAGCUAUGGGGCCAAUUUGAAUAAUCGCCACAAAUUUGGUCCAAGGCCUACCAUUGCAAAGAGGUCCCCCAAAACACCUUUUUCACCUUCUAAGGGUGCAAUGCUGGUAAAUUGAAGUACCCUCUUUUUUUUAGGGUUUAUAUCACAAAAAAAUCAUUCAAUUUUUGAUUUGAUUAUGUAUUUGCCAGACUAGAAGUACUUUUGAAGUUACUUGUUUCAUCUUUUGUUUCAAUGGGGUAAAUUGAAACAAGAGUACAAUAAAUCUAUUUUGGUGUAAUACUGUUUCAACUCUAGCCA